AUGCCUCCAGUCCCUCCGACAGGCGACGAGCAUCUCAAACUCGAAGUGGCCGCGCCCCCGGGCUGGUCGUUCGUCGCGGGGGACACCAUCAUCGGAAGCAUCGUGCGCCACGCACCGAUUAGAUCGCCAGAUGCCAAAGUCUCUCUGGCGCUGGUCGGCCGGGCACGAAUUAAUCCCGAGCUGGAUGACUUCUCCGAAUUCCGCUCACAUACUUGCUACCUCCUCUACCGUGUGCAAGAUGCGCUGUUUCGCGGUCCCCUCCAUCACGCUCAAGACAGCGAAGAGGCCCUGAAUUGGCAGUUUUCGAUGCAGAUACCCAGUGAGCCUGAUCAAACGGUCAUCAAGGAGCAUUCUGGGUCGGAAAGCUUUAUUCCAUUAGAUGAUCCUUGGCAUCCUGGACAUCAUACUUUUCCAGGGUCGUUCUUUUCGUCUCGCAAACAUCUUGCUUUCCGCACGGAAGGCUUCAUCGAGUAUUAUCUCCGCGCGCGGCUCGAAUGUAUCUUUGGGGGCUCCAAGAGGACUAUGGAUGCGACGUGGCCGAUCAUAAUGCGGCACCCGGUAGAUGAAUCGGUGAACCUUCAGACGCUGAGGCAGAUUUCUGCUAUGAGACGGAUCAAGAGCUGGUCUCUGGUCCCAGGAAUGAAAGACCCCAAAAAGACCAUUCGGUGGUCGCGUACUCCGGAGUUCUACUUCCGAGUAAAGAUGUCCUACCCCGAAGCUGCCCAGAUUGAUAAUCCCCAGACGAUCCCGGUGAUACUGGAGAUUGUACCAGACCUAGAAACCAGUGCACCCUUGAAGGGGACUCUCCCCAGAAUCCAGGUGAACUGGGUGAGUAUGGUGCUCCUCAGCAGCUGCCACCUCGCCCGCGAAAGGCCAAGUGCUCUUCCUGGUAUGCGUGCGCACCGGAAUGAGGUCCAUGAGUGGCAAUAUGAUUUCGGUCUUGAUCGUCUUUUCAAAGUCUUUGACACCCCCUUGGUUCUAUCGACCGACGAAAAGGGAUAUAAGCCAUUCAAUAUGGGGCGAAUGUUUCAACUUGCUCUUCGCUCGGAUGGUCUUGUGGCCGGAACACGCUUGCUAGCUCACCCGGCCACGGGGAUUCAUCCUGAUUUUGCUUCCCAUGAUAUCAAACAUUGUAAUAGGGUGCAGUGGACUGUAUCCUUGACUGUCGCGGGUGAAGCAGAAGAAGUGACAGGAAGCGGGCCAUUGAAGCUCAUAGCACCGGCCUGA